CGUUGGCCUUUCGUGCGCGUGCGCGGCCCCGGCAGUGCCUGUGAGGGAGCAAGGCAGACGAUGGCGGCCGCCUCUCUGUGGAAAGGGCUUGUCGGCGUCGGACUCUUCGCCUUGGCGCACGCGGCCUUCUCCGCCGCGCAGCAUCGCUCCUACAUGAGAUUAACAGAAAAGGAAGAUGAAACUUUGCCAAUAGAUAUAGUUCUUCAAACACUGUUGGCCUUUGCAGUUACCUGUUACGGCAUAGUACACAUUGCAGGGGAAUUUAAAGACAUGGAUGCUACUUCAGAGCUGAAGAAUAAGACAUUUGACACAUUAAGGAACCAUCCCUCCUUCUACGUAUUUAAUCACCGGGGCAGAGUAUUAUUCCAGUCCCCAGACACGGUCCAUUCUUCCUCCAGCAGGGAUGCUUUGUCGUCUAGCGCAUCGCUGAAGUUGCGAAAAUUUGAACCUCUUCGCCGUUAAAGAUUUUUACAGAUUAUUCUAAAAAUAGAACAGGACACUGAGCUAUAACAUUGGAGUUGGGGGUGUAAACACUUUUAUUUCAUUUCUGGAGCAGUAUUUAUAUUGGUCAUCCAGACUUUAUAAAUAUAUAGAUACAUAUAUAUAUAUAGUUAUUAAAAAGGACCUUCUUCAAACACUGUUAAUGACAAUGACUGAAUUUUGAAUUGGCAAAACAGUUAAAUUGUUGCUAGAAUUAUGCUGGGAAACAUCACUUUACUUUUUGUCCAUUAGCCCACCAUCAUGGUUGAUUCAAAUUUAGUGAAAGCAAAUACUUUAUUUCCUAAAAGUAGGUGAUUGUUUUAAUGCCACAGAUGAGCACAGAAGAAAGGGGGUAUUGGCUUAUGCUGCUGUUCAGUUAAAUGAUGAGGAAGGGGGGUGCUUUGUGUCCAUCCCUUCCCUCCCAUCCUUUACACAAAAGACAAUGGUGAUUGUGUUUCUUUCCUGUCUUCAGCACUUUGGCUGAAGUAAUGUGGCCGCUGUUAUAUGAUUUGACCGGCAUGGCAAGGGGCACACAGACAUUAGGACAGGCAGUUCUGAAGUGGGAGUUUUACCCAAACUGUUGCCAGAGACACAAAAGCUCCCUUCGUUUAUUGCUCAGUGUCCUUGAGCUACCUUGAAAUGCUCACAGGUUUUGAAGGGAAAUGGAUCAUUUUUGAGAUCCAUUGGUGAUCUCACUGGGGGUUAGGCAGGAAAGAUGCUGAAUCACACCAUCUGCAGUCUCAUCCACUUUGCACCAAGCAAGUGCCGGCUGUUGCCUAAGCUGGAAGCAAGGUGGAUCGCAACAGGAUUACUGCUGCAAAGCAGGAGGGCUGUACCUAAGGAAGGGCUGCAAGUCUGGGUGAGGAUGGGACUGCUACAUGAGUCAGUGGCUUAUAACGCACAAGGGUCUCAGGGACUGCUUAGGAUGUCUGUCUUGAGAUGCCACAAGGCUGUACAGUUUGUUCUUGCAACGUGAACCAGUUGCUUCCUGGCUUUCUGCUCAGAAGGGUGCAUUUUAAUCCAGCUCCCUCCAUUUACAAGAGUGCACUCACUGAAAACGUAGGACAAAGUUUGUCCAGAGGUGGGAGAGUUGCUUUGCUUUUGUUUAAACAAUUUACCCCGUUUGUCUUGUUUGUCCACUUUGCUGCAUUGGUCUUUUGCCAAUGGCAUCUUCAAGUCACCUGCCUUGGAGCAUGUGGGGUGUUUGAGCAGAGGGAAUAGAUUUCUGUCAGUUCACUAAAUUUAAUUUGUCCCCAUGUUUGUUUGCCAUAGAUUUAAACUGGUUGGAGUGGGCUGCAGGAAAGCUGUCCGUCUCUCCCUGGCUGUAAUGGCGUGUUUACAUUUUACUUUUUCUGCAGUGAAAGAAAGGUGCCCCAUCCAUUUGUGGCAGCACAGUAUAGAUACAUGGGCAUCAACUGUUGGUGCACUUGUGAUAGAAUAAAACGCAUGCAUUCCACCCACUAUGGUUUGCUCUUUUCUCUGCAUGGUGGUUCCUGGUUCCACAAAAGGCACCCUAACCACACUGGUCAGGAUGGUUGAGCUGUGACUGUAAAGAAGACAUGGCAUUGUUUAAACUCAGAUUGCUGCUUGUUUAUGGAAGUUAUUUCAUUGUUACAGUCCCCCGUCCCCCAAGUACACGCAGUGGCAAACUGAACAUAAAGCCUGCUGCUUUGUAAUGGCCUUACUGUUCCCUUCCCAUCCCUUGUCCUGGAGUGAAGACUCCUGCUCUGUAAAAACCUGAAAGUGCUUCAGAACUAAGCACGGAGAACAGCAGCUGGUGGGAUCUCCUUUUCUUGACAAGAGAGACUGCAGGUCUUAUGCUUCACCUACUUGAUGGUUCACUUUAAUAUUUCCUUUAAAGCCAGUGAGGGUCUCCCAGCACAUUUUCAGAAUUACAGCUGCUACUGUUGGGAGUUAGAGCCAAGUUUUUCUUGACCCUGUAUGGGUGAUCUGGGCUGCAUAAAAAGAUAUCGUCGUCCCUUGUGGUAACCCAGCUCCCUGUGGAUCUCAUUGCAUAAAAUUGAGGUGGGGUGAGAAAAGUACCCAAUCCAAGUCUUGCAGCACAGUCCUGAAUGUUUGCUAGGAAAAGGUCGCACAGUACAGUAGAGCUUGUGGGCUAGUGGCUGUGUGUAAGAGAAUGGCUGGUGUCACAGGUGUCCUUCAGUUUGAACUCCCCUCCCCCUGCCUUAGUACCAUGUAUGAAAAUCAUUUUCAUCUAAACUCUCCUUAUUAACCAGGUGCCUACAAACCUGGCAAGAACCUGCUUUGGGUUGCCAAAAAGGCUCCAUCACAGCAGGCAUCGCUGCAUGAACGGAGUCCUCCCCAUGUUUGUGUUUUAAGUUUGCAACUUGCAAGGAGUAGCAGCUUGAACCUCCAGCAUUGAUGUUAACUAUCACUUGUGCAAAACUUGUUCUUUCAUUUUUGAUCUUGCAUUGCCUAAUAAAGAACUAACAUCCUUAAAAAGCA